UUUGUGUGUGUCUUUCAAGCUUGUGCACAUAUUUCCUAUAUUUUCUUGUUGCACCUGGAAAAAAAGGGGAUGUGAAAUAAAUACACAUACAUUUUUUCAACAUUGCAAAACAACAAAGCUAGAGGACAUCCUGUAUACUGACAGUACUGUAUAUAAUCAUAUCUGGAAUUGAAUUUUUAGACUCACUUGAAAUUGAAAGUAGCCUUUAUUUUUGAUCAAAAGCUGAGAGACAAGAUGUCAUUUACUUUCUGUUAGUAUAUUAUGAAGAAAACAUGCAUGAUUUUACUUCUGAUUAUGAAUUUGAGGUCGCUGAUGACAGUUAAGGUGACUAUUGCACUAAACUCUCAUUCAUAUCUAUUCCUGUCAGAGGUCUGUUUAGACACAAAUUUCGAUCCUGAACAGAUGCCAGUUUUCUCACAUUUUUCUCCAAAUAACCUUGACUGUAAAUAAAGAGGAGGGGCUGUGGAGUGUGGUCCCAGGUUUAUAAAGACCCUGUCAAAGCUAUGAAUGCCACUGCACCCGGUGAUUCAGGUUGUGGAGAACAAAAUGAAUGCCUUCCAGGUGAUCUCUCUGACUCUGCUGUCCGUCCUGGCAGCCAACGCUCAGGUCAUCAUGCCAGGAAGAUGCCCCAGGCCUGCUGUUCAGAAGAACUUCGAUGCUGCCAGGUAUCUUGGUACCUGGUAUGAUAUCCAGAGACUGCCUCACAGCUUCCAGAAGGGCGAGUGCAGCACUGCCACCUACAGCCUGAAGAGCCCUGGAGUGGUCGGUGUCCUCAACAGGGAGCUGCUUCCUGAUGGCAGCAUUAACACCAUCAGCGGCUCUGCCUGGGCUAAGGAUCCCUCUGAGCCCGCCAAGCUGCUGGUCUCCUUCUUUGAGAACUCCCCCCCCGCCCCCUACUGGGUGCUCUCCACAGACUACAACAGCUACUCCCUGGUCUACAGCUGCACUGACCUUGGGGUUUUCCAUGUGGACUUUGCUUGGAUCAUGAGCAGAGAGCCCACCCUCUCUGAGCAGACCCUCACAGAGCUGCGUGGUACCCUGUCCUCCAUCGGAGUCAGUGUGGACAAGCUGAUCAGCACCGUCCAGGACGAGGCCCACUGCAGCGCCAUGUCCCAGUAAACAGCCCGAGUACAGACCAACGACAGCUGUAGUGCUUGUGUUCACACUGUGAAUGUGUUCAAUCACAUUGCAUGCAAAAUCAAUGCAAUAAAACCAUCCAAACAUACCGCACAUGCA